UCUGUUCUUAAAAUCAACCCUCAAAAAUCUCUCUUGAAGAUGUCGAUCACGAUAGUACACCGUUACCUCGUUCGUGAGUUUUUUGCUGUUCCGUUUCUUACGCCACACGGAUUUGGUUACCGCCACUUCUGUCGUGACUCCGUUUUACAUGUUCCUCAAAGACUUGUUCCUCUUUUGGGCUUGAAGAAGAAACGUUCACAAAGAGCUUACUUCAAACCUUCUAAUACCAGAAAGCCGCAAUCUUAUAACCCUGAUCCUGUUCAAGCACCGACUCAAGAAGUAGCGCAAUCUUAUAACCCUGAUCCUGUUCAAGCACCGACUCAAGAAGGAGACCUUUUUGAUGGUUCGGUCACGAUGUGUGCUGCUCCUUCGCCAAGACACGUACCGGUUCCGAUAUUCUGUGGUAGAGAGAUGACGAAAGUGUCUUCAAAGCUAACCAAGACUUGA